UUUAAUCGAGGCAUGCAUUCAAGUUUCUUUCCCCGGACGAUUUUUCCCCAUAGAAGGUCAAAAUGGCGAGUCGAUUUUGUCGACUUUUUCGACCUGCUGCAGUUACAAAGUUGUACCGAACACACUUACUCAAAGCCAAUCCAGUUGUUGCACAGUGUCAAAGAUUACAGACAACAGAUUCUACCAACCAAACAUCUCCCACGGUCAGACCUCAGAACUUGCCCUACAGGCAGCAGUUGAAAGAUUUUGGGCAAUAUGUAGCUGAAUGUUUACCUAAGUAUGUACAACAUGUUGUGGUAACUCAUCACGAGGAGCUGGAAAUACUGAUUCACCCAGAAGGCAUUGUACCAACAAUAUCCUUCCUUAAAGAUCAUCAUAAUACACAGUAUUUAAACAUUGUAGAUAUUGCUGCUCUUGAUGUACCCACACGGGAAAAAAGGUUUGAGAUUGUCUACAUGUUAUUAUCUCUACGAUUUAACUCUCGUAUUAAAGUGAAGACCUACACUGAUGAAUUGACUCCUAUAGAUUCCCUUUGUUCUGUAUUUGCUGGAGCAAACUGGUAUGAAAGAGAGAUCUGGGAUAUGUUUGGAGUGUUCUUUGCAAAUCAUCCUGACUUAAGAAGAAUUCUAACAGAUUAUGGAUUUGAGGGACAUCCAUUCAGAAAGGAUUUUCCACUAAGUGGAUAUGUAGAAGUUAGAUAUGAUGAUGAAGUCAAACGAGUGGUUGUAGAACCGUUAGAAUUAACACAAGAAUUUAGAAAGUUUGAAUAUAACACACCAUGGGAAGUGUUUCCUAAGUUCCGUGAAGUAGAGGAGGGUGGUGAGAGACCAGCUGAACCGGAGGAACAACCAAAACAAUAAUUACAAUCUCAUAGAUGUUUAUGUAUAAUUUAAAAUAAAUUAAAUUUGAUGUUUUAA